AACUUUAAUCCCGCCUCGACGAAAUGCUCCAUAGCUGCAUUCGGCUGGGGCGUGGAGGAAAAAGAAACGUCUCCGUAGGCCGGUUGUGAGGACGCUGAAAGCACGAUGAGCGCCGAGUCGCUGACUGUGGAUUGCAUUAUUCAUCUCUUCUCGUACUUGGAAGUACCGGAUCUACUCAGAGCAGCUCAAGUGAACAAGGCAUGGAAUGAAGCAGCAGAGACCACCUUUCUCUGGAGAAAUAUGUGUCUAAAAAAGUGGGCUUUCUGCAAUAUUUCUGUGAUCCCAGGAAUGCACUCUUGGAAAAAGUACUACCUUCAUCGCUCAAAACUUGAAUCUAAGAUGACAUCAGGACAGCCUUCUGUUGAUUAUACAUGUAAAACUAUGAGAGGACACAAUGGGGUGAUAUAUGAAAUGGCUUAUCUAUCAGAGAAUGAGCAUACGUUUGCAACAGGAAAAGUAAAUUCCACUAUAUGUACUGUAUCUUCUGAUGGCACAGUCAGGGCAUGGAAUGUCCAAGAGGGUAAACAGAUUUGGUCUAGUCCCCAACAGGAAUUUCCACCAGUAAAUAUUAUCACAUUUCCUGCAUUUAACCUGGCAGCUACAGCAGACACUCAGGGGACAAUCACACUCUGGCAUGGGACUACAGGGGAAGAGCUUUCUACUUUUUCAGUGUUAUCCACAUCAUGCUGUAUGGUAGCCUACACAAUAAAGAAUAAUCCAUUCUUAAUGGUGGGCACUGAAGAAGGCUCACUUUAUACCUUGGCAGCAACUGAUCUAAGCCAAAUUUUAUACAAAAAAUUGUUUCAGAACUGUGGUAUACAGUUGUCUUUGUGUUCACCAGAUGGACAAUGGAUACUUGUUUGUCCUAGUGAUACUGCUUUUUCACCAAAGGUAUUUAACACACAUUAUGCAGUUCAGCCAGAAGAUGAUGAUUUGAUGCUAUCUAGUCCUUUACCUAUUAUAAAUCAUUGUGAUGUGAUGUGCUGGUUACCAGCAGAAUCAGCAAGAAUUGCCAUUUUGCACAAAAAUGAGAUGUGCCACAUUGAUAGCUUUGAUAUAGUAAUUGAGAAGUCUAAAUACAAAAAGAAUGUAACAGCUCAACAGGUUGCAAGCUUCACACUGCCAGCCCAACAGCAGAUGAUAAAUAUGAAAGGAUUUGGCAAACAAACCCUUCUUAUAGCAGCUGGACCAGAACUGACAGUAUACUCUCUGAGUGGGACUGUAUUGAUGGCUUUCAAGGAUCAUCAUAAAAUUAUUACAUCUAUUUGGGUGGAUCCUUUUCAUGUCGUGACAUCUUCCAUGGACCUUUCACUCCGUGUGUACUCCUGGAAAAAUAACAAAUCCUCUUUGUUGACAAGUUGCUAUCAUUUAUUGGGAGGAUCUCACAGAUGGUCAAGUGGCUUCAGAUCUGUGACAUGCGAUGAUGUCAGUAUUGUUGGAAUAGUGGCUGGAAUUGAUGGCAAAGACAUUUUAAGAGCAUAUUCCUUUCAUCUGUAGGAGUUCUGUGCACUUGUUUCACUCUAAAUCUUAUCCACCAAGUUGUCCAACUCAAAUGAUAAUAGAAGCAUGAUUGAAACCACUACAACUAAUUGACUGAAGUGAUCAAUUACAUUUUCAAUAACCAAUUUGACUAAAUUCCACUUGACUUGAAAAAGACCUACAAGAGCUUUGUUUAGCUUUAUUAAAUGUACCUUAUACCUUAGAUGUGUGUGUGUAUAAUUUUACAUUCUGUGUUUACAUAUGCUUGUUUUGCUUUUUCUAUUUUUCCAUUAAUAAAUGCUACUUUCUAAACAUUAUUUCUGAAUA